GUGAAGGAUCUCCCUCUGGUAAGAAGCUGUCUUUCCCUCCGCUGCUUCCUCCAAUACCGCCAGCCUGGUUGACGCCUUCCUCCGGUACACCUGCACAGACGCACGCCAACAAACACAGGAAUGACAUGUGGAGUGUUGCUAUGAAGGAGGAGGAUUUACAUGAAGGACAGCACAGCAGAGACGACUGGAGCGGAGGAGGGGGAGUCACACACAUUUGGACAAGAACAUGCCUUGAAGAUGAGCUGUCCUCCGGCUGAGUUAGAAGAAAAGGACCAUCCUCCACCAGAGGAACUGGAGUGUAAGAUCUGUUACCAACGCUACAAUGCACACAACCGCAAGCCUAAGAUCCUGGACUGCCUGCACAGGGUAUGUGCCCGCUGCCUUGUCAAGAUCCUGGACAUCGCUGAUGGGGCAGGAUUCAUCUGCUGCCCCUUUUGCCGGCAUCAAACCGAGAUCACGGAGUAUGAGGUCUCAGCCCUUCCCGACGAUGCUAACAUCAUGGGCCACCUGGCACUGCGAGACAAAUCGUGGAGCUCAGACCAAAACAAGGAGGUGGUCCUAACUCCAAAGAGCUUCUCCUCCUCCAGCCUGUCCCAUGACUCCUCCAACUGUCUGGUCAUUACUAUAAUGGAAGUUCAGGGGGACUUGCCAAGUGGAAAUGGCAGCUCUGACAUCUAUGGUGAGCAGAGCCUGGACUCUGUAUCAAUAGGCUCCAAUGGGCUGGCUCAUCAGGACGCCCUGACCAAGCUCUGCAAUCCUGUCCCACGCAUCCUGGUCUGGCUGCUGGGUUUCUUAUACUUUAGCUCCCUGCCUCUUGGAAUCUACUUGUUGGUAAUUCAGAGAGUGACACUGGGCAUUGUUUGUGUUAGCUUGGUGCCAUCAAGCCUGACAGUCUGCCUUGUUUAUGGGUUCUGCCAGUGUUUGUGCCAGGGCAUGUGUGACUGCUCCUCCAGAGGAUGAGAGUGGGCAACUGUUGUUCCUAGGCUGGGAUACAUCUGAGUAUUUGAUGUUUUCUUUUUGAAUGAUACGGGGUUCAAAGUCAGGAUGAUGCCCACUCUUACACAAGCUUUACAUCGCUACAGUAUUCAAGGAAAAAUCGAGAAAAGGAAAUGACUGACGUGAGCGCUGGUCUGUACUUUUGUUGGGUCAACUGCUGCAACUCUGACACCAGUUCAGCAAACAGAUUUAAAGUCUAGGGCAGGCUCUGUUAGUUGGUGCACUACCUAAACCUACAUUUCUGUGAUAAAUGUCUGUAUUUGUUCUUUGAUGUGGUUAUGGCUUAGUCAAACAUCAUGUCUGACAACAGAUGUUAAACUUUUGUCUUACUUUACAAAAGUACUGACAGUCCUGGGUCCUCAGUUAAAACACAAUGUACAAGAUAAAAACUUACAAGAAGUCUGUUUAAAGGUACAACUUUCAGAGUUAUAGCUGAUAGAUGUUACAUGUCUGCACCAGUCACUCAGACCAAAACAAAGCUUUUUCAGCCAAACCUCCUCUGUCCUUUAGCUCCUUAUUGCCAUCCUACCCCAACCUGUGUAGAGAAAUCUUGAGUCUGAGUGAUGAUACUCAACUAUUAGGCCUAGACCAACAGUGUGACAGUGUUUCCCCACCUGGUGGCAGGGUCAAAUGUUAAAGAGGUAGUUGUUGGCAUGAUAAGAAAAAAAAAAUAUUUAUGGUUUCAAUAAAAAAAAAAGUAAAAACAUAUAGUGAACACCAAAAACAAUAAAAGGUAGAAUUUAUUUAUUUGAAUUCUUCUUCCAUUCAAAGUCCCCAACAUUCAGUUUCUAUGCAGCUUUGUCACUCUUUUAGCCCCCUUGUUUUCACUGUAUGUAGUUUGCACAUCUACUAGCUAGAAUAUGGUAGUUGACCUCUCAGACUUCUGAGAUUGUUGUGAGACAGACUCGCAGCCUGCAAGUCACUCUGCUUUUCUCUGCCAGUCGCUUGUUGACCCUGUUGAAUACUGUUUUCUGUCAAACCAGCUCUCCUCAAGGUUCAUUUACAUAACUGUAUACUCCUUGUUUUCUUUAAAUGCACCAUUAUAACCUAAUGAGGGAGUAGAGCUGUUAAAAAGUAGCGCCAACUCCCACUGCUGGUCUGUUUUGCUAUGUAUUCCAGUGUUCUGAGCAGUAAAGUCAAAGCACAUGUUUGCAAUACACAAUAAACAAGGUGAAUUUUCAACCAUGUUAGGUCUCGAUCAAUGUUUAACGGGGUAGCUGCAUGUGUUAACUGCACGAUGAUGGCAUAUUAGCACUUUAUACUGGUAUAUAAGU